AUGAGAAAGUCCGAGAAGAAAAAGGAGAAUCUACCUCCUGGACCACCGACACUUCCUAUAAUUGGGAACUUGCACCAAUUGGGAUCGCAUCCUCAUCGUUCGAUGUUCGAGUUAUCCAAAAAGUAUGGCGGUCUGAUGUCCCUGAAGUUUGGAAGUGUAUCUACUGUUGUGGCAUCAACACCAGAGACGGUAAAGGAUGUCCUGAAAACAUUCGAUAUGGAUUGUUGUUCGCGGCCUUAUUUGACAUAUCCUGCAAGAAUUACGUACAAUCUAAACGAUCUCGUCUUUUCUCCGUACAACAAGUACUGGAGGGAAGUCCGAAAGAUGACGGUUGUUGAACUCUACACGGCGAAAAGGGUACAAUCGUUUCGACAUGUAAGAGAAGAAGAAGUUACCUCCUUUAUCGAUUUCGUCAAGCAAUCUGCUUCACUGGAGAACCCGAUUAACUUCAACCAGAAGACACUGAAGCUGUCGGGAAGUGUGAUAUGUAGGGUUGGGUUUGGGAUGAAUCUUGCAGGGAGUAAACUUGAGAAAACUUAUGACAAAGUCAUCGUGCAAACUUUUGAGGUGUUGGGGAGUUUCGCAGCGGCGGAUUAUUUCCCGGUUAUUGGUAAAUUCAUCGAUAGGAUCACGGGGUUACAUAGAAAAUGUGAGGAGGUUUUUAAGGCAAUCGAUUCUUUUUUCGAUGAAGCUAUAAAGAAUCAUCUACAAGAUGAAAGUAUUAAAGAUGAUAUCAUUGGCUUGCUCCUCAAGAUGGAGAAAGGAGAGAUUGGACUUGGCGAGUAUCAACUUACUCGAAACCACACUAAAGGAAUUCUUCUGAACAUUCUUGCUGCUGGAAUAGACACUUCUGCCCAGACUGUGACAUGGGUGAUGACACAUUUGAUUAAAAACCCUAGAGUUAUGAAGAAACUGCAAGCGGAGGUGAGAGAAGUGAUCCAAAACAAAGACCAUAUCACAGAAGACGAUAUAGAACGACUCCAAUAUCUCAAAAUGGUGAUCAAAGAAGCGUUUAGGAUAACACCGCUUGUGCCACUUCUCGUUCCAAGAGAAGCUUCAAAAGAUGUAAAGAUCGGAGGUUUCGACGUUCCAAAGAAAACAUGGAUCCAUGUCAACAUUUGGGCUGUUCAUAUGAAUCCAAGCAUUUGGAAAGAUCCAGAAUCUUUCUUCCCCGAGAGGUUCAGAGAUAAUGAGGUUGACUAUAAAGGUCUAAACUUUGAUCUGUUGCCAUUUGGUAGCGGAAGGAGAAUGUGCCCUGGUAUGGGUAUGGGUAUGGCUUUGGUACACUUGGCUCUUAUCAAUCUUCUUUACCGUUUCGAUUGGAAGCUUCCAGGAGGAAUGGAAGCAAAAGAUGUUGAGCUUGGAGAAUCAUAUGGACUUGUCUGUCCUAAGAAGGUACCGCUUCAACUUAUUCCAGUCCUUACCCAGUGGACUUGA